AAACCAACUUGGUAUUGCACAAUUUGAACUGCACAAACAUGGAUAACCCAGCACAAGCAGCUCCGACUAGUUCUUCGUGAAAAUUACGUUUACUUCACUUUAUUUACUACAUCAUAUGUCUGCUGGUUGUCCUGGAUGUCAAUUUUGGGUUUGUGUUGGUUGGUUACAUUGCAAAUUUGACUGUGGUUGUUAAAGUUUGGUUUCUUGUAGCUCUAGAGAGCAACCGCAUUUAAAUAGACGACGGGGCUCUAUUUCACCCUGAACUAAUUGUGAAAUUACUGUGAGGUUAUGCGCUUACUCGUUUCUGUCUACCCCCUUCUCCUCUUCUGUUCUGGGAGUCCCGUUAAAGAAUGCACCGGCAGGCUCUGUCAGAAGCGACCGCCAGUCGUAUUGAUCCCGGGUGACCUGGGAAACCAGCUGGAAGCCAAAUUGGACAAGCCCAGUGUGGUGCACUACAUGUGCUCCAAGAAGACUGAGGACUACUUCACCCUCUGGCUGAAUCUGGAGCUACUCAUCCCACUCGUCAUUGACUGCUGGAUUGAUAACAUCCGGCUGGUGUAUAACCACACCAGCAAGACAACAGAGUCCCCUCCAGGAGUGGAUGUGAGGGUGCCGGGUUUCGGACAGACCUUCCCCCUCGAGUACCUUGACCCCAGCAAACGCAGCAUGGGAAUCUAUUUCUACAUGCUGGUGCAGGCCAUGGUACUUUGGGGGUACAGUCGGGAUGAUGACGUACGGGGGGCUCCCUACGACUGGCGCAAAGCCCCGAAUGAGAACCGUGACUAUUUUGUAGCGCUGAAGAAGAUGAUUGAGGUUAUGGCAGAGAAAUUUGGGAGUCCAGUGGUCCUUAUCGCUCACAGCAUGGGCAACAUGUACACUCUCUACUUUCUCAACCAGCAGACGCAGGAGUGGAAGGAUCGCUAUGUCAAGGCCUAUGUGGCCCUUGGACCACCCUGGGGAGGAGUGGCCAAAACCCUGCAUGUACUGGCCACAGGAGACAACAACCGGAUCCCCGUAAUCAGCAAUCUGAAGAUUCGCGACCAGCAGCGCUCGGCCGUCUCUACCAACUGGCUAUUGCCCUACAACAACACCUGGCCUGCGGACCAGGUCUUUGUGAUCACUCCCAAGGGCAACUACACCCUCCGUGACUACCAGCAGUUCUACAACGACAUCAAUUUCCAGGAUGGCUGGCUGAUGCGCCAGAACACAGAGCCGCUGGUGUACAGCCUCGAGGCCCCUAGGGUGGCCGUACACUGCCUGUAUGGGAGUGGGGUUGACACUCCUGAAUCAUUCGUCUACUCUGCAUUUCCUGACAAGGAACCCAAGGUCCAGUUUGGGGAUGGGGAUGGCACAGUUAACCUGGUGAGUGCCAUACAGUGCAGGCGCUGGAUUGAGCAGCAGAAACAGCCAGUCCAACUCAAGGAGCUGAGGGGCAAUGAGCACAUUGCAAUGCUUUCUAAUUUAACUACCAUCAGCUAUGUCGAACAAGUGCUGUUUACACCUUAAGCAAUAAACUGAGAAGGUCCUCUUUGAACUCGAUGUGUUAUCACCUACGUCGGGCAGAUUCCAAAGAAAUCCAAUUGUUUGCAUCAAGAAGGCCCUGUUGGCAUGCAGAAUGUUACACUUCACCUGAAAUGGUUCUUGCUGUUCUCAAAAUGGGACCGCUUUGAAACCCCAUUAAAAUUGAAGUUGGUCCUAUUUUGAAUCCCAAGACGAUGGAUUACAUCCCACAGCUUUUGUUUUAACCUGGUUCACCAUGGCUUGUCAACCUCCUCACAGUCACACCACCCUGCCGAAACUUACAAUACGCUACGAAACAGUGUGUGCCUCUCUAAGUCAAACCUUUCCAUUCCAUAAAGUGUAUAGCAAUGUAAUGAAUUUGUUUUAAUUGCAAAAAACUGCCAUUUAUUUUUAGUUAUUUUUAAUAAUUGUGUCCAAUUAUAUUUUUUUUUUUUUUUUUUUUUUUUUUUUUUUUUUUUAAUACAACAGAUACCACCUCACUAAAUUUCCAUAUCUCUUAACUCAUCAUUGCGUCAACCCAAAAAUGAAUAUCAAUUCAAAACAAUGUAACAGAGGUCCACACUCAAGGAAAAACUAAUUCAAUUAAAAAAAAAAAAAAAAAUCAUUAUUUAUUCUUCAUUUCACAGCUUCAUCUUAUGAAGAGCAAACAGAUUAAAGUUCUAAUCCACAAGAAAAAUCACAAACAUGUUUCAGCCAAAAAGCCUUCAUCAGUGUGUUUUACAAUGAUAAAAUUGUAAAUUGUUGUUCCAAUUUGGAAUGCUCAUUGCAAAUGUUGUACAUCAUCACCGAGACCCCCCCCCCUUUUAAGUAGGUGGAGCACUUUAUCUAAAAAAAGAAAAAAAAAUUCCCUCUUAUCGGAACUAGCUUAAUAGCUACAGGACUUGAAGGAUGCUGACAUCAUUCUUACAUGGCCACAUGACCCAAUCCGAUGGGUCGUAUUCAGAGACGGCAGUUUCAAUAAAUGCUUUCAUAAUUUUAACUGAUUUUAUGUAUUUAAUGAAAGUGCAGUCUUUUUUUCUAUUUAGUAAAAUCUUUAAAAAAAAUAAUUAAAAAAAUAUUGCUAAAGCAGAUGCUAAUAUCUAUGCAUCCACAUGGAGUAGAGAGGGCUUCGCCAGAUGUUCUAGAAACUGUUUUCCUAUAUA